GGGUUCACCCGCCCCGCAGCGGCUGGCGCGCCGGGUGGGGUGGACAGGGUGGAUCCAGUCUGUCAGGGAGAGAGGGGCUCCAACAGCCAAUUUCAGGGUCCCGUUUUCUACGCGCCCGACGGCCCAGCCCCAGUCUGGAGCUCCGUCAUGGGCCCGGGGCCCCCGGCGAACGGAGCGGGGAUGCCCCCGCGGCCUCUAUCCCUGGCGGCCCGGUUGAGCUACGCCGUGGGCCACUUCCUCAAUGACCUGUGCGCGUCCAUGUGGUUCACCUACCUGCUGCUCUACCUGCACUCAGUGCGCGCCUACAGCUCUCGCGGCGCUGGGGUGCUGCUGCUGCUUGGGCAGGUGGCCGACGGACUCUGCACGCCCCUGGUGGGCUACGAGGCCGAUCGCGCCGCCGGCCGCUGCGCCGGCUACGGGCCGCGUAAGGCCUGGCACUUGGUUGGCACCACCUGCGUCCUGCUCUCCUUCCCCUUCAUCUUCAGCCCCUGCCUGGGCUGCGGGGUGGCCACGCCUGAGUGGGCCGCCCUCCUCUACUACUCGCCCUUCAUUGUCAUCUUCCAGUUCGGCUGGGCCGCUACGCAGAUUGCCCACCUCAGCCUUAUCCCCGAGCUUGUCACCAAUGACCAUGAGAAGGUGGAGCUCACGGCUCUCAGGUAUGCCUUCACCGUAGUGGCCAACAUUGCCGUCUACGGUGCCGCCUGGCUCCUGCUCCACCUACAGACCUCUCCGCAUUCGAAUGUCAGCGAUCAACUGGGAGUUCAAGAUGUUCCAGUGUUUCGGAACCUCUCCCUGUUGGUGGUGGGCGUCGGAGCCAUCUUCUCACUGCUGUUUCACCUGGGCACCAGGGAAGGGCGCCGGCCACUGGUGGAGGAGCCAGAUGAACACAGCCCCCUGCUGGCCCCCACCACAGCCCGCCCCUUGCUGCUCUGGAAACACUGGCUUCGGCAGCCGGCAUUUUACCAGGUGGGCGUGCUGUACAUGAGCACGAGGCUCAUUGUGAACCUGUCUCAGACGUACAUGGCCAUGUACCUCACCUACUCCCUCAACCUGCCCAAGAAGUUCAUCGCCACCAUCCCGCUGGUGAUGUAUGUCAGUGGUUUCUUCUCCUCCUUCCUCAUGAAACCCGUCAACAAGUGGAUUGGGAGGAAUAUGACUUACUUCGCUGGCCUGCUGGUAAUCCUGGUCUUUGCGGCCUGGGUGGCGCUGGUGCAUGAGCUGGGUAUGGCCGUGUACGCCGCAGCAGUGCUGCUGGGCUUGGGCUGUGCCACCAUCCUCGUCACCUCACUGGCCAUGACAGCUGACCUCAUCGGUCCCCACACGCACAGCGGAGCCUUUGUGUACGGUGCCAUGAGUUUUUCAGAUAAAGUGGCCAAUGGGUUGGCAGUCAUGGUCAUUCAGAGCCUGCACCCCUGUUCCUCGGAGCUCUGCUGCAGGGCCUGUGUGGGCUUUUACCACUGGGUCAUGGUGGCUGUGACAGGCGGCAUAGGCGUGGCCGCCACCCUCUCUGUGUGCAGUCUCCUCAUCUGGCCCAUCCGCCUGCGGAGCUGAGCCCCUGGAGUCCUGCCCUAUGCAAAAGAGCUCAACUGCGCACUUUCCAGCCCCUGCUUCUCCAGUCCCCACCCCUCCCCUUCCUUGCCUGGCUGCAGGGAUGGUGGGUGAGGACCAGAUGGGCUGGACUCAUCUCUGCUGGAUGGGAUGCCUAGCUGGGCCCCCUGGAUACCAGGGGCCUAUGGGUCCUCAUGAGUUUGGGGAUGCCCAAGCCUAAUUCUAAUGGAUGACUUGGGGUGCCCCAAGUUGCAUGGGGGCAGGAUGUGAAGGUCUUGGGGCCCCAGGGCUGCCCUGAACUCAGCCCCAGCCCCACCUCACCCCCAGCAUGGCUGGGGUCUCCAGGGCACUGCUGACAGUGAUAAAGAGCCACUCGUGGGGAGGACGGGCCCCAGCCGUCUGCCUGGCCCUGGAACGCUGAGGGCAGCAGGGACCCCUGCCCGGGACCUCUGGCUAGUGACUCCCUUUCCCUGAUUGACCAGCGCCCCGAUCCCCAGACGUGAACAUACAUCCAGGGGCAGCAUCCCCAGAGGGAGUCUUUAUCAGACUGCAGAUGUGUAGAGGGGUUGGGGUCGCUGGCCAGUGGAUGGGCAGUAGGGUUCUAGGUCCCACUGCCGGUAGUUCUGGGCCGUGUAGCGCGGGCGCUGCAGUGCAGACAGGUAGGGCACGUAGUCUGAGGCCAGCCCCAGCGGCUCCACCCCGUACUGGUGCCUGUUAACCACUGUGGGACAGGACUCAGGUCACUGCCUGGGUCCAGCUUCCUGGACCCAGACGGUUUUACCCCCAGCCCCAGCUACUGUGAUGCCAGCCUUACCAUAUUCCUUGCCCCAGAUGGGUCUGUCUUUCCACAGCAUGGUCCCCCACCGUGGGCUGCGGACCCUGUACUGGGCGGGCACGAUGGGGUCAUACCAGGCAGUUUCCCGGAGGUGCUGGGCGUAGGCUGCAGAGAGAGAAGUGGGUGUAGUGGGGGAGAAGGUCAUCUCUGGCCCUCCAUCUCUUGGGGUGGCCUGCGUCAAGGCAGGUGACCAGGCACUCACCUGAGGGCAUGCUGUGCUUCCGGUGGCUGUAGCAUCCAAGCCAGUGGGCAUAAGCCUCGCGGUAGGGGAUGUCCAGGGCCCUUGGUAGUGUAUACCAGGCUUCGCGGAAACCCGAGUUGGUUAGGCCAGUAUACCACAGCUGGCUGGCUGCGUCACAUCCCAUGGGUGUGUAGGCCCAGCGUACUGCCUGCUUGAUGGCUGGUGGCCAGCAGGGCCCCAUGAGGGACAGGUAGUCAUCACUAAGGAUUGGCAAUAGAGGCUAAGCUUGUGGCUGUCCCCCGGCCUGUCCUAGGCCACAGCUCGCCAUCUCAUCACCACACGUUGCAACAAGGGGCGAAGGCCUGGCCCACAGUGUGGAGGGCCUGCAUCUCCAGGCGGCUUGUGUCUCAGCACUGGACUCUCCCUCCCCUCUCCCACAUCCUCCCCAGGACCCUCGCUAAACCUUUCACUUUUGGUCUCUCCCCUCAGGAGACACCAGGGAGGUGGGAUUUGAAAUCUCUGGCCCUUCCUGGGGUCUUAAGUCCUUGUCCACCCUUCCAGAUGCAGACUCCUUCCCCCAAGAAUCCCCUUGCUCGGAGGCACACGAGAAUGAAGUGGGCUGAGUGGCCCAGGGAGAGCAGGUGAGGGUGCCCAGACUCCUGGGAAGACCCUUGGUGAGGGACCUUUGUGUUGUCACCAGCUGGAUGUGAUGAUGAGCUUACAUUUAAAGAAUAAACUGUGUAGCUACACAUUCAUGUCUGUUCCAGGGGUCAUCUCUCGUGCUAGAGUCUUGAGGCUAAGAGCACAGGGAGGGCUUCCCUGAAGAGAAGGAGGAGGGGGUGACCCACUCCAGGUGAGGGGAGUGAUGUACAAAGGCUCUGGGGCAGCAGAGACAGUUAAGGAACAAAGAGGCUGCAGUGCAGAAAAAUUAGUGAAAAUAUUCUAAUGAUAGCAAAAGUCAAGUUGCAAUGAGGUACCAUGAAAACUAAAAAUACCUGGCUGGUGUAGCUCAGUGGAUUGAGCACCAGCCUGCAAACCUAACAGUCACCGGUUCAAUUCCUCAUCAGAGUACAUGCCUCGGUUGCAGGCCAGGUCCCCAGUUGGGUGAGUGCCAAGUGGCAACCAACCAGUCAAUGUUUCUCUCCUCUCUCCCUUCCCUUCUAAAAAUAAAAUCUUAAAACCCUACAAAUAAAGAAAAGCAGAAAAACCUGAAGCUGUUCACAUGCAGCUGCAGGGAAACUUGCUAAAGCCGAAUCCUCGAA